AUGUGUCAGCAGCCGCGGGGGCGCAGUCCUGUGUACCACACCCAGCACCACUACCUAGCCAGAAACACCACGAGCAGCAGCCACAAGAACGGCAUCCAGCAGCAGCAGCCAGAGCAGCAGCAGCCAGAGCAGCUGCGAGUCAUGUCAUCGUCUCGGCAGCCCGUGUACCAGGCUGCAUCGGCCACACAACCCACGUAUGCAUCCACGCCUGCGGCCUCCAUGCAGCACGCGCGCCCGCCGCCGCCAUCGGGCAUGGGCACGGCGCCACGUGGCACCGUCAUGUCUUCACAGUCGCCAUCGUCCACAACACCAGCUGCAGGAGCAACCGCAUAUCCGAACCAGCCGGGAUCGGCGUAUGGCGUGCCAACGAACCGCGGCAACACUGCACCGCCCCCAAGCACGGGGCACCCUGCACGGUAUGGCGUGCCGCCGCCCACCCAGGGCUACGCACCUCCUCCAACCCAGGGCGUUUCGUCCUAUGUGGGUGGACCGCGAUACUCAACCGGCGCAGCUCCCAGCAGCGGAAGCACCGCCCCGCCACCACACCGGAACGGCGUCCGUGCUGGGGCGCCAGGCCCGGUAUCGUCGUCGCUCCCGUCCACAUCCUCUGCUUAUGCGCCCCAGCCGGCGUCGGUGCCUGCGCGAACAGCAGCACCACGUCACAGAGCAGGGUCGUCCUCGACAGGAACGGCUUACACCAGCGGCACGCAAGGACCGUAUCGAUACACGAGCGGCGGGCCUUCAAGCACCCUGUCCCGCCCAAGCCCAUACACAACCGGACCAACCACCCCACACCACCACCAAGCCACUGCGCGGUACGGCCAACGUGGGCCAACCAAUGCUGGUGGAACGCACUACUCGUCACCGGGCAUGGCUCGGCCGUCAUCAUCUUCAUCUGCCCCUGCCCCUUCCACAUAUGGGAUGUGUACGUUCCGCAAUCCCCCAUGCAAACAGCGCGCGAUUCCAGGAUACCUCUACUGUGCAGAGCACUCACCCUCUCCGUCAUCAUCAGAGCCUCGACCAUCGUCAACAGGGCCGUCCGCUGGAAGCCACUCCAGCACGGCCAGCACCAACAACAAUGGUGGGAGCAACGGCGGUGGUGGUGGUGGUGGUGCGCAUCACAACACGUUGAAGCAAAAGAAAGGACCCCCGCUCGGUGACAAGCCCUUCAAGGUCAAGACAAAGAAGUCGUACAUGCGCAAAGUGGAUCGACGAACCAUCGACCCGGACUACGAGUACGACUCGAGCGAUCCCGAGAUGGAGGAGGACGAGGUCAUGUUUUCUCCGCUCCUCGCCGAUCGCCUGAAGCAACAGCAGAAAGAGUACUGGCGCGUCAAGUGGCACGACGGCCUGAGCGAGUCUGAUGAUGACUCAGACGGCACUUCCCACGACCACCUUCCAUACCAGGCCCCGGUGACUGUUGUGGACAUGUACCGAAAGAAGCGCGCGGUCCUGCAGCGUCUCAUCUCCAUGUACCAAAAUCAACAGAAGCGGUUACGCCGCGAGCUGCUGCUUGCGCGUAUGACUUACAUUUCCCGCCGAAAGGCGGCUGGUCUGUCCACAAACGCACGCAACCUCCGCAACAACCCGCUGCUUGGGAAGAUGCCCUCGGAGCAGCAGUGGCAGCCGCCUCCGCCUGGUCUUGAUCUCUUCGAAGAGUCGCCAGGAUCAGCCAACCCGCUCCCGUAUCCCGACAGCGAAGAUCGAGCGCUAUACAUUGCCCGCCUCCGUCUCGCCGAGCAACGCAAAUACAUGCAAGCGAAUCCCAAUGCGCAGCAGCCCCUGCACCCGACCUGUGUGUUCACCUCAGACUACCUUCCCCCAUGCCAGCGAAGGCGUGUGCCGUUCAGCCAGUACUGCACCGUCCACAUUCUCCAUGACCACAACCAGGUGCUCUUCAAGCCGUGUCAGCAUGUUGGCGACAGCGGUCACAAGUGCCUGAAGCCGAUUCUCCGGUGCCAGGACCCGCCCAUGUGCUUCCACCACAUGAGAUUACGCGAUUUGAUCAGGAACCCGCGGCUAUCGCGAGAUGCGGUGAUUGAGGCGGUGCACUCUGGUCUUCCAACCACGUUCCUCGGCGUUGAACUCACAGAGGCAGAGCAGGAGCUGCUGCACGACCCCUCGCUGCUGACGAUGUUUGACCUUGACCUCGACUUUGACGCCGUGGAGGAGUUUACGCGACACCUCGAGCACGAAGUGUUUGGCCCCCCACCCGGCCACGUACCACCGUCCCUCACGCCGAGUGCCGUUGGUCUCCUUCGCUCCCGUCUGAGCAAGCCAGGCCCGCCACUCGCCUCCAACACGACGUCGUCGUCCACAUCGUCGUCGGCGUCGUCGAAGCCAACACCACCGCCGUCACCCCGCACGGCCAUGCGCUUCCGCACGCUGGCAGCAGUGGCCGGCGCACACUCGCCAACACACGAUGCGCACUCCGGCCCGCUGGAUAUUCUGCACAUGGACGAGGCCGCAAUGAUGUUUGGCAGCGGCGAUGACCGCAUGUACUUCCCGCGCACUGGUGAUCCACCGUCGCUCACGCCGCCAACCUCGUCCCCGCCCCGCGCCCUCGCUGGACUGCUCGCCAGCCACCCUGCCGGCCGUGUACUCGAUGCACCAGGCCCAAGUGGCGGUAACGAGGAUGAUGACGAGGAAGCGACGGCAAGGGCAGCAUACGAUGAGCUGUUUUCGCUGCCAUCUGCAAGCUCCCUGCGCCAUUCAGCGGUUCGCGCCCGCACACUCUCGCUUGGCUCGGGUCUGUCAUCCAUGCGCAGCAGCAAUGGGUCAGCAGCCGGUGACCAGCGAAGCAGUGCCCGUGCCCGUGCCCUUGGCAGUGGUGCUGAGCUUCGGCGCGUCAGUUCGAUGGACGCCACAGCAGGCGACCGCGGUGGCUCUUCGCUGAAGCCGCGCGGGGAUGAUGUGACGACAGCAGUAGAUAGCAAGGGUGGUGAUGGACGUGAUGGCGGCGCUGAAAAGGGUGACACCGAUGUGACUGCCUCUCGGGCUAUCAAGAUGUCGGGUAGCGCCAAGCGCAGCAGUUGCAGUACUCGUGGCGGUGGCAGUGGUGAUGAUGAUGGCACCCGCGCCGGCACCAGCGCAAGCACCAGCAAGAAGGGCGACAAGGAAGGCCCUGCAAACGCAGCAAAACGCCACAAGCGUGGAGGCAACGGUGCCACUGCAAACUCAACUGGCGGUGGUGACAACGACGCUGACGAUGACGGCGAUGAUGAUGAUGAUGAGGAGGAGGAGGAGGAGGAGGGGGAGGAGGAAGACAGCGCUAACAGCAGCCUGUCUGUAUUUGGGCGGCCGAAGCCCUUGCGGACAAGAAUAUCGCCGCCUGUGCUGGAUGGCGAAGCCGUUGUUGAGCUUGAGGACACCAUCUUUGAAGUCAAGUCAGAGUACGUUGCGCUCGAGUCCCUCAUCAACAGCCGGCGCCCGUCAACUGUUGACCCGCCCGUGCCGCAGCCCACGCCAUCACACAUGUCUCCGUCGCACUUUGGGCUGCACGGUCUCACGGAGCAGGAGAUUGAGACGCUCAUCAGAACAGUGCAGGCGGAGGUGGCGGCGCAGCCGCAAUCGGCACGCGAGCCGUCACCAGCGACCGCAGCAGCAGCGGCCGCGACAACAGCGACAUCGGACACAACUGCUGCUGUUAAUGCUUCGGCUGCGGAUGCCAACGAACACAACGAACACGGCCCAUCCUCAACGGUAGCGCCCACCACAACAAGCGCUUCUGCUUCCGAGGGACCGAACAACACCGCCACGACCUCUACAACGACAACUGCGACCGCGUCUGCUUCCAAGUCUGGCACUGCGCCGUCGAGUGACAGUGGAGCUGAGAAGAAUAAAAGUGGCAGCGAGGAGCAGGCGCCCAGCACGAGCGUUCCCGUUGCAGCCUCAACCACGACAUCCAGGACACCUUCAGCACCACAGGCAUCGUCUGCCUCUCCUAAUUUGGCGUCUUCUUCUUCAGCCCAAGCAACAACGCAAGCGACAGUGUCGGCAACCACAAGCACAAGUGCAGCAAGCCAGAAUCAGUCCAACAACAGUGAUGCGGCCUCGAGUGCACGCUGAUGUCACAAGCAGCAGCUGCAGUGGCCCACCGCUUCACACAUGCAAACACACAACCACCAUGAGUCGAUGGAGGAUGCGGGUACAUCCUCAGAACAACAAACAACAGCAGCCAGUCCUGCUGUGCAUGAGCGCCAUUUGCACAUGUGUGAAUGGUUUGAUCCUUUGCUCCAUUUUGAUGUAUGACUGACUUGCCUCGCGCGUGCCAAAGCCAGACCCAGAGUACUCUCUUGCUCCUGUGGUGAACGUAAUCAUUGUACAUACGUAGUAGCUGUCUCACUGGAAUCCAACGCGUCGCACAUGCCAUGGAUGCAAUCAUGUUUUAACUUAGGGCAAUUUGAUACAAACGAGCAAGUGAAACAAAGAGACGAGCA